GGUCCUUCUCAGCAACACCCUUCCAAGAUGGCAGCCAACAGUAGCAGCACGGUUAGCAAAUCGAGCAACACCGCGGGUGGGAAACAGUCCGGCCCUUCAGCCGAGCAGGUGGUGGCAACAUUUCAGAAGAUGCGUCAGGAGCAGCGCAGUAUGGCCUCGAAAGCUGCAGAGCUGGAGAUGGAGAUCAACGAGCACAGCUUAGUAGUUGACACCCUGAAGGACGUGGACCCUUCAAGGAAAUGCUUUCGUCUGGUGGGAGGAGUUUUGGUGGAGAGGACGGUAAAAGAAGUUCUACCAGCCUUGGAAAGCAACAAAGAGCAGAUCACCAAAAUAGUCGAGUCCAUCAACACGCAGAUGCAGUCAAAAGGUCGCGAGCUCACAGAGUACAGGGAACGCUACAACAUCCGGUUGGUGGGAGAGGGCGAGGCAGAGGCACAGGACCAGUCUGCGGCGUCGCGGGACAGCGAGGGAGGCGGCUCGAAAAGCGGCGCUGGCGUUUUAGUGUCAUAGUUUGUUGUUGUGGAAGGGCGACCGUUGGGCCUUUUUGAUUUCUGCAGAACUGAAAAUAUUGGGAGUCAUUGUCGGAGUCUCAAAAAUGUUGGUUUAAAAUUGGAUCCUUUGUUAGUCGACUUUUUGGUAUUUAACGCAAACUCCAACAGUAAUACUUUGCUUCUGUGUGUGAAUACUAGUGCAUGUCAAAUGUAAGGCUGUCUUACAUUCGCCUUUCAGUGAGCUCUUUUUUACUUCUGGAAUAUUGUGGCACACAUUAAAGUGUUAAAAUCAAAUACUUGUUUAAGUCUUACUUACAUUUAGACGUGAUAGAAGGAAUGCAAGAUUUCAUGCAGGAGUUGCUACUUUGAAAUGUCAAAAGUUAAUGAUUAUAGAAAAUAAAAUAAAUUCUCAAAA